GGAUUUGACCAAAGAAAAGAGAGCUCACUCUCUCUCUCUCUCUUUCUCUCUCUGCGUGCUUUGAUGUGGUGUGGGAUUUCCUUUUCAACAUUGAAGGCAGAGCGAACUAAGACACAGUCGAGGCUGCGCCUAACCGUGCGUGUGGUCCGGUUUGUAUUGGCUGAAAAAAACCCAGACCAGACUCUCUACUAUCUUCUCACAGAUCCAGCUCACCACCCCUAUCUUUGUCUCUUCUUUGUAUUCAAAUAUAGGUAUGUAUGUUGGAGGAUUCAAAUUUCUAAUCAAACCCAUGAUUUUGGUUUAGGUGGCCUUUGAUUUUGGGCAUAGAGCUUGCUUUGUGACUAGUCUGUCUAUUUUGGGUUCUUGUGCUAUUUGUUAUUUGCAAUUUUCUUUUGGGUUUGUUCUGUUUCAUUUGUUUGCAGUUUCUGUGUGAAUUCCAGUGGAUUUUCAGUGAUGGUUGGAAGUGGGUACUGUGCUAAGAUUUUUAGAAUGUGGGGUGGUUAAGAUUUUUGGGUUCAGCCUGGCAUGAUUUAAACACCCAAUAAAGUGUGCAGAUCAAUCAUUUGAUUAAUUGAUUGAGGAAGGCUUUGAUUUGCUACCAUUGAAUUCAGUCAAAAAGGUUCUUUUAAGGCAUUUAGAAAUGCUUCAGAUUUUUGGAUUGUGUAUGGAAGUCUUGAAACAGUUGUGAACUACUAAUAUUUGGCAUUGCUGAUGCAAUGGGUGGGAUUUGCUCAAGGAGAUCCACUGAAGAUGUUUCAACCGGUGGAAGCUUUCCACAUGUUAAUGGCCAUUUGAACUAUGGUUCUGGAAUGGUUUACCAGUCUCGGGGAGUGGCUGCCGAUGACAAUAGCAACUCAAUGCCAUCUCCAGCAGGGGAAACCGCGGAUAAGCGAUUGGGGGAACCCUAUUCAUUGGCGGAGGCGAAUAUGAUUGCCAAUGGGAUGCGUCCAGAUGAUGAUAUCAGUGAUGGGAUUCCUCGGUUGUCUAGGGCUAUGUCAAACAAAUCAAGAUCAACAAAGUCUAGGCAGGCUGCUGUUGCAAAGGUUUCAGAAGUGAGUUCACUUCUGGGAAGAGCAGGUUCUGCUGGCUUUGGGAAGGCAGUAGAAGUUUUGGAUACACUUGGUAGUAGCAUGACAAAUUUGAACGCUAGCAGUGGUUUUGUUUCGGGAGUGACAACAAGGGGAAACAAAAUUUCAAUUCUAGCUUUUGAAGUUGCAAACACAGUUGUUAAGGGUGCAAAUCUUAUGCAAUCCCUUUCAAAGGAAAGUAUUAAACAUUUGAAAGAGGUGGUGCUUCCCUCGGAAGGCGUGCAACGUUUAAUUUCAAAAGAUAUGGAGGAACUCCUAAGAAUUGCUGCAACUGACAAGAGGGACGAAUUGAAAGUUUUCUCCGGAGAAGUGGUUCGUUUUGGAAAUCGUUGUAAAGAUCCUCAGUGGCACAACUUGGACCGUUAUUUUGAGAAGUUGGGAUCAGAACUUAUACCCCAAAAACAAUUGAAAGAAGAAGCAGAAACUGUGAUGCAGCAAUUGAUGACCUUAGUUCAAUAUACAGCAGAAUUGUAUCAUGAGUUGCAUGCCUUGGACAGAUUUGAACAAGAUUAUCGGCGUAAGCUUCAGGAAGAGGAUAACUCAAAUGCAGCUCAAAAGGGAGACGGCCUCGCAAUCUUAAGGGCAGAGUUGAAGAGUCAAAGGAAGCAUGUCAGAAGUUUGAAAAAGAAAUCACUCUGGUCAAAGAUUUUGGAAGAGGUAAUGGAGAAACUAGUGGACAUUGUCCAUUUCUUACAUUUGGAGAUCCAUGAAGCUUUUGGUAAUGCUGAUGGAGGUAGACCAGUGAAAAGCAAUAAUCAGAAAUUGGGAUCUGCUGGUCUUGCAUUGCAUUAUGCAAAUAUUGUUACUCAACUUGAUACACUCGUAACCCGAUCAAGCUCUGUGCCUCCAAAUACAAGGGACUCUUUGUAUCAAGGACUGCCUCCUAGAAUCAAGUCAGCUUUGCGCUCCAAGUUGCAGUCGUUUCAGCUUACGGAAGAGCUUACUGUUCCACAAAUCAAAGCUGAAAUGGAGAAAACGUUGCAGUGGCUUGUUCCCAUAGCCACAAACACAACCAAAGCACAUCACGGCUUUGGUUGGGUUGGAGAAUGGGCAAAUAAUGGGUCCGACGUGAACAAGAAGCCCACUGGCCAGACCGACUUAAUCCGAGUUGAAACACUACAUCACGCCGAUAAGGACAAAACCGAAGCUUAUAUUCUUGAAUUGGUGGUGUGGCUUCACCAUCUUGUUAGCCAAUCAAGGGUUGCCACCAAUGGUGGAUUCAGGUCCCCUAUCAAAUCCCCAAUGCGCUCUCCCAAUCAGAAGACGAUGAUUCAAUUGUCCACGCACAAGUCCGGCUCUUCUCCAUUGCCCUCGUUGACGAUCGAAGAUCAAGAGAUGCUUCGUGAUGUAAGUAAGAGGAAAUUGACACCUGGAAUAAGUAAGAGUCAAGAAUUUGACACAUCGAAAAUCAGGUUAAGCAAGCAUCACAGGCUGAGUAAGAGUAUCAGCCACUCCCCGGCAAGUGAAACAAAGAAGGAACCUAUCGUCAGAAGGCUGUCAUCAGUCCCUGUCUUUGACUUUGAUAUCGAUCGCAUCAAGGCCUUGGAUGUCAUUGAUCGAGUGGACACAAUUCGAAGCGUAUAACAUUAUGAUGGUGCCCUUUUUAUUUUUUUGGUUUUUUUGUGACUAAAUUGUGAGGAAGAUGGCAUGUGAAAUAGGGUAGCAGAUGAUGAGUGAUGUAAGCCAAUAGUGUUUUGCAUGUGAAUUUACAAAAUGAUCCUUGGGUGAAAUGUUAGUUGGAGAGGGGUUUUGAUUGUUGUUGAGAGAUGGAUUGUAUGUGAAGCUGGGUAGUUUUCACCAGUGUUCUAUGAAUGUACAGAAUGCUCUACAAUCUUUCUCAAUAAUUUGAUAGUCAUGUUUAAGAGGGAUUGGAAGGGGUGACUUUCUUAUUUGAGGUGAACUAGGGCUACAAAUGGUGAAUAAUUUUUUCGAAGAGAAGU